UGCUAAUGGCUGGCUUGGUCCCAUUCACACCGCAAGGAAAGUGUUGGAAAUUGAGCCUAACAUAAAAGCACGAAUACUGGAUGUUGGCUGCGGGACAGGAAUGAAUGGUGCUGCGCUGUGGGAGGCAGGCUAUCGCAACCUGUAUGGAUUUGAUAUGUCGGAAACGUCAUUGAAAGUGGCAAGAGAGAAGAGAGUCUACUCUCAUCUUUUUCUUGGAACGAUUGGACCUGAAACAAGUCUGGACUAUGAAACAGGGUAUUUUGAUCUGGUCUUUUCCACCGGGUGUUUCAUACCCAAUCAUCUGAAUGAGUCUCAUAUACCGGAGAUGAUAAGACUGGUGAAAAAGGGUGGAUAUUUGGUCAUUGUCACCAGAAAGAUUGAGUUUGAAAGAGAAGAGGGCGACUUAAAACUGAAGUCCAGUCUACGCAAGAUGGUCGAAGAUGGUAUCCUCAAGAAAAUAUCUCAUGAAGAUGUUACUUACAAGAUAGAUAAAAAUAUGCCAGGUAUCACGUUGUGCUACCGGGUUAAUUAAAACCAAUAUGUCACAACCACUCUAAACAGCGCCAUCUCAUGUGCUAAACUACCUCAUUACAACCAUAUUAAUCUAAACAGCGCCAUCUCAUGACCUAUACUACCUCAUUACAACCAUGUGUUAUGUUAUUCCAUGAAGAUGUUUCAUUUUGAAGGGCCUACUAAUAUGAUAGGUGGAUGGGUGACUAAUCCAUAUCAAUCUUAACAGUGCCAUCUCAUGACAUAAGCUACCUCAUUACAACCGUGUGCUGUGUCAUUCCACGAAGAUGUUUAAUUUUGAAGGGCCUGCUAAUGCAAUAGAUGGAUGGGUGACUAAUCUAUAUUAAUCUUAACAGCGCCAUCUCAUGACCUAAACUACCUCAUUACAACCAGUGUUUACAACUAUGUGCUGUGUUAUUCCACGAAGAUGUUAGAUUUUGUAGGACCUACUAUAGGUUUCACAGGCC